AUGGCGCGGGACUGGGCGACGCUUCGUUCUGUGUACAUAGGGUCGCCACGAGCUGGAACCGACUCGACGUAUUUGGAAGUAUGGGGUGGCAGGGCUGGUCUCCUUUGGGCCCUGUGGGCACCGACCCACAGCAGCAGUUUUCUCUGCACAGCCCUUCCUGGCCUGGAUCAGAAGAAGCGUGGCAACCACAGAGCAUGCUGCCUGCUGACACCACCUCCACCCCCGCUCUUCCCGCCUCCUUUCUUCAGAGGCGGCCGAAGUCCCCUUCUUUCCCCAGACGUGAAGAACCUCAUCCUCGAACUGGAGACCACGAAAUCCCCAUGUGUGCAAGGAUCCCUCGGCUCCCCUGGGCCUCCUGGCCCCCAGGGUCCACCGGGGCUUCCUGGCAAGACAGGACCAAAGGGAGAAAAGGGGGAGCUUGGCCGACCAGGAAGGAAGGGUAGACCUGGCCUCCCAGGUGUUCCAGGCAUGCCUGGGCCCGUCGGCUGGCCAGGCCCUGAAGGACCCAGGGGUGAAAAAGGUGACCUGGGUAUGAUGGGCUUGCCAGGGUCAAGAGGACCAAUGGGCUCCAAGGGCUACCCUGGAUCCAGAGGGGAAAAGGGAUCCAGAGGUGAAAGGGGUGACUUGGGUCCCAAAGGAGAAAAGGGUUUCCCGGGAUUUCCUGGAAUGUUGGGACAGAAAGGUGAAAUGGGUCCAAAGGGUGAGCCUGGGAUAGCAGGACACCGGGGUCCCACAGGAAGACCAGGAAAAAGAGGCAAGCAGGGCCAGAAGGGAGAUAGCGGAGUUAUGGGCCCUCCAGGCAAGCCUGGACCUUCUGGUCAACCUGGCCCACCAGGCCCUCCAGGACCGCUGGGCCCCCCAGCCACAGGACAACUUGUCAUGGGACCCAAAGGGGAAAGAGGAUUUCCCGGGCCUCCAGGAAGAUGUCUGUGUGGACCCCCUGUGCAUUUGAAUAAUCCUUCCUACGGGGAAUCUGGGUACGGGCCCAGUUCCCCACGAGUUCCUGUGAUUUUUGUGGUCAACAACCAGGAGGAGCUUGAGAGGCUGAACACCCAAAACGCCAUUGCCUUCCGCAGAGACCAGAGAUCUCUGUACUUCAAGGAUAGCCUUGGCUGGCUCCCCAUCCAGUUGACCCCUUUCUACCCUGUGGAUUACACUGUAGACCACCGUGGCACCUGUGGGGACGGGGUCCUGCAGCCUGGGGAGGAGUGUGACGACGGUAACGACGAUAUGGGUGACGCCUGCAUCAGCUGUCACCGGGCCUACUGUGGAGAUGGUCACCAGCACAAGGGCGUGGAGGACUGUGACGGCUCUGACUUUGGUUACCUGACCUGUGAGACCUAUCUCCCUGGGUCACAUGGAGACCUGCAGUGCACUCCGUACUGCUCCAUCGACUCCACGCCCUGCCGCUAUUUCACAUGAGGGGCACAAGGAGAAGGCUGGCUGCAUCCCACAGAACAGCAGCAGCUUCUUCACCUCGUCAAACCAACCUCGCACUGUCCUGGUCCAGUUUCCACCAACCUUUGUGUGACAAAAACAAGGACAACUCUUGCUGCUAAGAUGUGCUUUUAACUCAGUCUGGCUGGAAGAACCCAGGACCACUGCAUCCUGUCUUAAUCCAAAGUACCAGAAAACCUUCUAAAUGUCCAACUCAGCCAUGUUCCCCAUUGCUACCAACUGGCCAAAGAGCUGGCUACAAAGCCCUCCCUCUUCUGGAAUGUCGCUGACCCUGGCCGUGGCCUUGGCUUAGGACUGUUAGACACACAUGGCCCUGCAGGGCUAUUUUAGUUCUUAACUUGUUGGGGGUCUGGUGUGAGGCCUCUCUGCCCUCUGACCUCUGGAAACGCUGGCAUUUUCUCCCAGGGCAGCUCACCCUCAGACCCCCUGAAGCCGGAGAAGAACAAAGCAGGGAAUGGACAGACUCCCUCCGUGUGGCUCACUGCUCUGAACCUGCUGAGGGACCCUCAGUUGGC